AUGCGCUCUAGCAUCUCCGCCCUUACUCUGCUUGCCUCCGGCGCAUCAGCAGCAGCAGUCCCUUGGAUCUGGGACGUUACCGGCUUCUCCAGCAUCUGCAGCGCCGCCACAUGCCGCUAUUCCUUCAACGUUUCCGCACCUACCGGGCCCUCUGGUCAGCCUUCUUUCGACGCUAGCUUCUGUUCUGGUACCAGUGUACAGGGCGGGUACAAGUCCUGUGGUGUGGUCGGGGUUGAUGUUCCCGCCGACGUGCGAACGCAGGAGUUCAACCAGGGUAUCGAUAUUGGGGCUAUUGUUAGUGUGCAGUAUGCGUUCACUGAGGGGGAAGUGAGAUAUACGUACACGGGUAACAACUCUGUUGCACAUACUGACCUAGGUCCUGCGGUGGAUUUCCAGAUUAUACCUACAGAGGUUUCUGCUGUGGCUUAG